CGGGGAGCGCGCGCACGCAGCGGCGCGAGCUCGGCGGCGGCGGCAACAGCGACGUCACAGCCCGAGCUUUCCUUUUCGGGAGUCCCCGGCACACAUCCUGUGUCCAUGUUUGGGCAUUUACGUCACGGCGGCAGGGCCGGGGCCUCCCGAAAUGGCAGUGGCCCCGGGAGUCGGAAGCCCUGAGCCAGCGCAGCCGCUGCUAUAUAAGUGGGAGGGCCGCAGGUUGGGGGAGCCCGGCUGAGCUUUGGAGAGGCGAGGAGCAGCCGCCGGAGGCCGGUCCCAGCAAGCAAGGGCGCCUCGGCCCCCCCAACCCACAUCCCAGAGGUGAGCUCCCGGGUGCCUGAGUUUGCAAGGCGCAGGGUGCCCCGACUGCCGGCCUCCCCGCCAUCCGCGCGCCCCCAACCCCAGCGGGCGAGGCCCCGGGCGCCACGCAGUCACCGCCGCGCCAUGCUCCACCUUAGCGAGUUUUCCGGCCCCGACGCGCUCAUGGCCAAGUCUGCCGAAGGCUGUUGCUCGGAACCCAGCACCGAAGUGUCCCGGCUACCCGCCAGGGACGCGCCCGCGGCCGUUGGCUAUCCCGGAGCAGGAGACUUCUUGAGCUGGGCAUUGAGCAGCUGCGGCGCUGGGGGUGACUUAGCCGACUCCUGCUUCCUGGAGGGGCCUGCGCCCACGCCCCCUUCCGGCCUCAGCUACAGCGGUAGCUUCUUCAUCCAAGCCGUGCCCGAACACCCGCACGACCCGGAGGCACUCUUCAACCUCAUGUCGGACAUACUAGGCCUGGCACCUUUCCCCGGCCCUGAGGUGGCAGCAUCCCGGUCUCCGCUGGACACCUCUUUUCCCACAGGCCCCGACGCCUUGCUGCCGGGUCCGCCGGACCUUUACUCCCCGGAUCUGGGAGCUGCCGCCUUCCCAGAGGCGUUCUGGGAGGCCUCGCCCUCAGCUGGCGCCCCGUCACAGUGCCUGUAUGAACCUCAGCUCUCCCCACCCGACGUCAAGCCAGGCCGCCGAGCUCCUCCGGCCUCUCCAGCGCUGGACACUGCCUUGGCCUUCAAAGGUCCCUACGCUCCCUGGGAGCUGCUUUCAGCCGGGGCCCCAGGGAGCUGUGGGUCACAGGGAGGCUAUCAGGCCGCCCCUGAGGCCCGUUUUCCCCCAGUGGAGGCCAAGAUUGAAGAUGUGCUGUCCAUCAGCUGUCCCGCGGAGCUGCCGGCUGGCCCGGCCAACAGACUCUAUCCCACGGGGGCCUAUGACGCUUUCCCGCUGGCCCCAGGUGACUUAGGGGAGGGGACUGAGGGCCUCCCGGGUCUCCUGACCCCUCCUAGUGGGGAGGGAGGGAGUAGCGGCGACAGUGGAGAGUUCCUGGCCGGUACACAGCCUCAGCUUUCCCCGCUGGGCCUCCGCAGCGCCGCAGCGGACUUUCCAAAACCUCUGGUGGUGGACAUCCCUGGGAGCAGUGGCGUGCCUGAGCCUCCAGGGCCGCCAACCCCAUUCCCCCCAGCUAAGGCGCGGCGCAAGGGGCGCCGGGGUGGCAAGUGCAGCGCGCGCUGCUUCUGCCCGCGGCCACAUGCCAAGGCCUUUGCUUGCCCGGUGGAGAGCUGUGUGCGCAGCUUUGCGCGCUCGGACGAGCUCAACCGCCACCUGCGCAUCCACACGGGCCACAAGCCCUUCCAGUGCCGCAUCUGCCUCCGCAACUUCAGCCGCAGCGACCACCUUACUACACACGUGCGCACCCACACUGGCGAGAAGCCCUUUGCCUGCGACGUGUGCGGCCGCCGCUUCGCGCGCAGCGAUGAGAAGAAACGGCACAGCAAGGUGCACCUCAAGCAGAAGGCGCGCGCCGAGGAGCGGCUGAAGGGCCUAGGCUUUUACUCUUUGGGCCUCCCCUUCGCCGCCCUGUGAGGGGGAAAUAGGUUUGUAGAUUGGGGCGCCGCCGCCCAGCUCGUAGGAAAAGACCUGGCCCGCCCCCCACCCCCUUCCCCACUCUUCCCGGCACGCCCCGGGGCCGGCCUCUGGUCCGGCUUGCAAGUUCCCUGGAAGCGCCAGCUGCACCCGCUCCGUUCAGCACCAGCUCUGUGGACAGCUCCCACCGUCCGGGCGUCGUCAACCGCGCUUUGGGGAAGUCCUCUCAGGCCACCCACUGAGUAGGCACUUCCUUGGGACUCGAGACAGUCUUUUGUAACUGGCGCACGCCCCUCGCCGUUCGCUACCCCAUCCCCCACCCCCCACCCCAGAGACAGGCUGGGGCAGCGCCGAGCCGGUCUCGCGCGGUAUUUUGUAUAGCAAUGUCGUUUCCAGCAGCCAUUGGAUGUAACGUUUUGCUUUGGGGUUAUUUCCUUUUCGUUGUUAAUUUUUGUAAAGCAGACGCUACUCUUAAGCAGUUGGCCAAACUGUUUAUUUUUGCAAUUAAAAUUAUUGUGCUAAAAGCUU